AUUGGAACUGUGAUAAUAAUUUAUAUUGGGAUUGUGAUGUAGAAAAAUGUGAAUAUUGGGAUCUUGAUGUUGAAUUUACUACUAGUGCAGAAAUAGCAAAAGGGACAGAUGUAUGUGAUGAAUGUGGAUUUGGGUCUGUAUAUUCUGCAAUUUGGCAAGAUGGACAAAUUAGAGGUUGGGAUAUAAAUGAUCAAAAGUGGAUUCGUGUAGGAAUUCAGAGUGUAGCAUUAAAAACAAUAAAUAAUCCAAUAGAUCCAAUUUCUGAUCUUUUAAAAGAAAUUGAAUUAAAUAUUCAGGUAGUUGAUGAUCCACAUUUUAUUAGAUGUUUAGGUAUUACUCAAGAUUCUAAAACACAUAAUUAUAUGAUAGUAAUGGAAUAUGCGACAUCAGGUAGUCUUCGUGCAUAUAUGAAUACUAAUAAUAUGGAUGCAGAUGAAAAAGGUCGGAUAUUAUGGGCAAUUAGUAAAGGACUUUAUCAUUUACAUGAGAAAAAUUUGAUUCAUCAAGAUUUCCAUCCAGGAAAUCUUUUGCUUAUUGAUGGAUAUUUAAGUAUUUCAGAUUUUGGUUUGUGCAAACAAGAAAAUCAAAAAUCAAAAUCAAAAACUGAAAAAAUUUUUGGAGUUUUACCUUAUGUUGCACCAGAAGUUUUAUGUGGAGAAGAAUAUACCAUGGCAUCAGAUGUAUACUCUUUCGGUAUUGUAGCAUGGGAAUUAAUAACUGGUUAUCCACCAUAUUACAAUAUUCCACAUGAUAAUGGUCUUAUAUUAAAAAUUUGUCACGGUUUACGUCCAGAAAUUCCAUCAGAUGUACCAAAAAUAAUGGUUAGAUUAAUUGAGGAAUGUUGGGAUGCUGAUCCUAAAAAAAGGCCAACAUCUAAACAAUUAUUUACUAUUAUCAAUAAAUGGUUAAUGAGUUCAGCUUUUGAUAAAUUUAUUUUACCGACAUCAACACUUCCUUCUUACAAUUUACAUUCUAAAGCAAUUUAUACAAGUAGACUUUUUAAUACCACAGCUUCAAAACCAUCAAAUGCAUCAACUUUUAGGAAAAUGUACAGUAAAGGUAAUAAUUUAUUUAAUAUUAUCAUUUAUUUGCUUCAAUAUAAUACUAAUUUAUAA